UGUUUCUGUGACUGCGUGCAAAGUAUGACUAUCAGCCACUUUUUUCAUGUGAGAAAAACGUCAUGUUUCAAUGUGUGCUUUUCUUGUCUCGGAGGCGUGUCACAGAACGCAAAGGAGGCAUUCGGUUAAGAUGGCGCCGUUGCCUGCGCUCCGAGUGUGGCUUCUCGUCUCCUUCUCCGCGUUCGUCACCGUGUCCCUGGGCUUCGGACUGCCGGCGCUCCUGAAUGCCGCCACGGGGCUCCUGGGAGGGCCUGAAACGAGUGUGAGCGAGUGCGUGGUGCUGUCCUAUUUGCUCUUCGUUCUGUACGUCGCGAUGCCUAGGCUCCCCAGAGGACUCGUGGAGGCCACAGGCAAAGCGGUUGUCAUUACAGCUUGUGAUAGCGGCUUUGGUCUGGCUCUAGCCGAGCACCUGCACAAACUUGGUUUCACAGUCUUUGCAGGAUGCCUGCUUAAGGAUAAAGGCGGAGAAGGAGCAAAGGUCCUGGAGGAGCUCCAAUCAGAGCGGAUGAAGGUGUUCCAGUUGGACGUGUGCAGUGACCAGCAGGUGAACCGUGCCGCCCAGUUCAUCAGAGACAACCUGGAGACCUCCCAGCGAGGUCUGUGGGCGUUGGUCAACAAUGCAGACAUGUCCACAUUUGGAGGAGUAGAGUUCACCUCCAUGGACGCAUAUAAAGAAGUUUCUGAGGUCAACCUGUGGGGAACCAUCCGGGUCACCAAAGCGCUUCUGCCACACAUUCGCCAGGCCAAAGGCCGCGUGGUCAACAUUUCAAGCUCUUAUGGCCGGAUGGGGAAUAUCGCUCAGUCGCCUGUCUGCGUGUCCAAGUACGGCGUGGAAGCGUUCUCUGACUGCCUUCGCUACGAAAUGAAGUCCUGGGGUGUCAAGGUGUCAGUCGUUGAGCCAGGGAACUUCGGGGCUGCCACGGGCAUCCUGAGCCGUGACAUCGUAGCCCAAAUGGCCGACAAACUGUGGGCUGAGGCCCCGCCGGACGUCAGGGAGGAUUAUGGGAAAGCCCGUUUCGAGCAAACGGUAGCACCUAUCCGCUCGCAGCGCAACAGUGGACAAAAGGACUUGAGUCCCGUGCUGAACGACAUCACAGACGCCGUCACGUCUAAAUGUCCAUACACCAGAUAUAAUCCAAUGGAACCGCAUUGGUGGAUCCGAGUGCAAUUGAUGACGCACCUUCCUGCCGCACUGUCUGACUUGUUUUACUUCUAAACAGCAAAAUUCCAGCUAGUCUACGCUAUUCCUUAGCACUUGAAGCCUUAAAUCAUUUUUAAAGAAGUAAAUUAUUGCAUUUUGUUUUAUUUUAGUUCCCUCUGGCACUGUCUGUACUUUGUAGAGGAGAUCAGAGUUUUGUGGUAGUGUGUACCAGCAGGAAUGUAAGGUACCGCUAGGUUAAAGCAGCUGUGAUAUAAUCUGUUGAGCUGGGAUAGAAGGUCUUGAUUCCACAAGUAUUUAUUUUCAUGUGUCCUCCACAGUGGCCCUGAGGCGCUUCAGUUGCAAACUUAAUUUGCUAUCGUGCUGUUUCACGUCACACAGUCUCUCAACCUACCUUUGAGGUAGCUAUAGAUAAGGAUUUGUGAUCAUAAAUAGUUACCAUUACAUUUGUAACAAUGAAUAUGGGCCCCGACAUUUGUGCAUAUAGACUGUAGUAGCAAUAACUUACAGUGAAGGUUUUGAGUUGAUUUCAAUUCAUUCAACAAAACGUAAUAUGUAGCUCCUGUCAGAGACGUUCCUGACCAAUUUGGUAUCCAAGGCAACAUAUUUGCUAGUGCCCCCCCCCCCCCCCCCCCACGCCACAAUAACUAUUUCCCCCACAAAUAUUUAAACACUCACACUGCCUCUGUACUUCUUUUUCCACUGGCAGUUUGUGUGUGGGAAGACUUGGCAGGCUUAGACUUUGUGCUGAUGUGGAUAAGGUGGCUGUAAAAGAUGGCCAGGGAUGUACAGAGGUGGGAGGAAAAUAGUUCAGAAGACCAUCUACAAAGAGAAGAAAGUGGGAAGUUACAUUAUAUCAGUCAAGGAACCUGACAGGAACUUCCUGUAAGGAAAAAGGUUACAAAAACUGGUUCACUUGUUGUUUUAGGUCAAAACAUAACAUGAAUUGGCACUAGGUGGCGUGGUAGCAUCACACAACAUGGAAUAUGUGGAACGAAAGAGCAUAUGCUAGGAUACUUUUUCAGUGUUUGAAAAUAUUUGCAUAUCAUGCACACCAAUAAAAUAUACACUGUUUAGGUAUUUUAUCAACAUGUAAAACAAUCGGAAAAGGCAAAUGAUAGAAAAGAAAACGCAUGAGUGGCCGUAAACCACUAAACGUCCACUAGAGUUCACUCUUCUUCAAUUUCUUGAUCUUCUGCCAGGUAUAAUUGUAGCACUCAAGUGAAACUCAAACACUAAACCUUUAGGAAGGAAAUGUUUCCAUAAAGGGGCCCAAGAAUAACACAGCAAGCAUAAAUAUUGUGGCAAAUUAAUGUCUUCCACAUUAGCCAUAAAUGACGACAUAUCUUACCUUGAUGCGUUCGUGUGUCGCAUUUGAGUUUCGGAAAUUCUGAAAAUUAACAAAUAUGGCUAUGUGCUUUGUUCGGUCACUGGCCGCGUUUGAAUAUCAACGCCCCAAACCAAGCGCUAUAAGCUUGUCAUCCGACCAUUAAUUUUACAUUUCGACCUCCACCUGUACACGGUGUUGCGGGUGACGCCAUGUUCUUUUAAAUACCGCCUCCAAACAAAAGCGUUCAACACAAGUGUCUUCAUUGGUUGUUUUGAUUAUGACCAUCCUUCAAAGCAGCCACAUCCCACUUUUGCACCAAGUGGAUAGUGUCAGAAAAGCUAUGUUACAGGUAACCCUACGGCUACACGUUGAAGUAGCUUGCCUGGAUACUACAAAACAUUAGCCUGGUACACCAGACUCACCGCUGUUCCAGCUAUAGAGUCUGGCGACCAAUGAGCGGAUCAAAUUUCCAGGGCGGAGCAAGCCACAGAAAACAGACAGCGGAGUGGACCAAUCAGCGACGGGCAGACGUGACGUUGGUAAAGAGACAACUCGCGCGGCGCGAGCGGAGUUUAUUUAACAUGGCUAGCACGAGACAGCCUGUUGUCAAUGACUUGUGUCUACGUGUUUUUGUUUAUUUCAAACUGAUUUUACCAUGGAUUGGAACAUAUUCUCGGCUCUCCUGUUCGUCAUCGGUGUUGUUGUGGAGACGACUUCCGACGCGGAAGAGUGACGUUGCUAAUUAAGAACACGUCACGCUAAAGAACGAAUCUGAUUGGACGGUUCAUUUUGUUCUUGCUCGAGAGGCCGUUAAUGGGCUGGGUCCCAGACUAUUCUCAGUGUUUGGAAAAAUACAGGGAAAACAGUCUGGCCGUGCCAGGUAAACAAAACAUGUAUUCCUUGAACUAAAUACCAAUUUGGCAUAUCAAAACACAGUUUCAAGUUUGUUUGAUGUUGUUUAUUACGUCAUUGUAACACUAAUAAACUCUUCUAAGUUAUAACACCUGAAGACAAUCUCCCCUCCGUUAAAAACAGCAUUAAGAGCAUGACAAUAAAUUU